AUGGAUGGUAAAGGCAUCGCUUGUCGAAUGUUGACUGACCUUGGACUUCAUGAGUUAAUGUGUGAGCCUCAAGAUCAGGAUCCAUCUGAAGAAGGCUGUCUCGCAUACACUCUAGCGUCGGGCUGUCUUGUAUAUGAAAGCAUCUUUGCUAUGUAUCUUGGCCGACCGAACAGCAUACCGAGCUAUGUGGUGCACUCCAUCAUGACCCGACGCAAGCGAAAGCUGAAAUGCGACUCGGCAUGGCUUAAUGCAUGGGUAGGACUUUGCACGCCGAUGGGCAAAGUAUCCCGUGCACUGAAUGAAAAAUCCAUUCCUAGUCCUGAUGAGAGGACAACCCUCCUGCGCGAGGCCUUUCAAGAUCUGGAGGACUGCCUAGCCCCGGACUUACGUUACAACAAAGAUUGUGUCACGGCCAUGAGUCUGGUUGGAUAUGGGCUGCACAGCCAAUACUGCAGAACCCAGAUACUCUUACGGCAAUCCAUGACAAAGCUAUCAAAUACCAGGAAGCGGCUACUCGUAGGCGAAGCGCCGCUCUUGCCACCACAGGACAACUUUGACCCUACAGUUUACCAAUACGCUGUCCGCAUAGCUCGCCUGACGGUGACUUACAGAGAAGCUUUUGGGGUGGAAAGGUUUCCCACUGUCAUGCUCGACAACUGCGUUGUGGCUGCGACUGUCAUGAUCGAGUCCACAAACGCCCUACAUAGUAAACCCGAAGAUACGAUAUGGUUCAAUCAUCUGAUCAAGAGCAUGGAAGCGUUGCGGCCGCAUUUUCCUGUAGUCCGGCGGAUGCUUGUAUCUCUGAGCCGGAUGGUGGACAUGUCCAGUCCGCUACACGAUUUUCUUCAUCUAAGAUCCGAGGAUGGACCAUGCGCUUGUUAUCGCCAAGUGCCUUCUUUACGUGCACCUUCAAACGACGGGCCUGUGUCGCUCAAUCCACAGGACCAAAGCUCUAUAGACGAGUCACACGCGAGUAGGGACUGGGAUUUUGAUCCAAACAAUGUGCCAGAUAUUCUUCCGAUAGGAGAACUUGGAGCUGAAAUCUUUGGUCUUCUCCAAUUUGAAGCCUAG